GCGCCUUUAUUUUUAUAAUUAUUAUGUUUUUAUGGGUGCGUCAAAGGACAUAAGAUUGUUGCUGUUGUUCGUUAUAUGAAUAACCUACAUAACAAAAAAAUCUGAAACACUGCGAAAUCUGAAAUCCCUUGAGAGUCUGCAUUUUCCCGUCACGUGAUCUGUUCGCGCGAGGCCGAAAUAUUCAUCGUUCUGCGGGAAUGAGACUGUAAUUUACACAGAAUCUGAAUCAUGUCGUCUUCAAGCGCCACAGCAGAGACAACAGAUUCGGGUGAUGUUCAGACGAGGAAAAGAAGUGCUAGUUUUGAUUUUAAACAUCCAAAUAUGUCUCUGAGAAGGAUGGUGCUUGUGGGAAAGACUGGAGCUGGUAAAAGUUCCUCAGCAAACACCAUUCUGGGCAGAAAAGCUUUCAGAGCCACACAAAGUGCUUCAUCUGUUACUAAAGAGUGCUGGAAAGAGACUGGAGAGGUGGCUGACCAUCAGCUGAUGCUGGUGGAUUGUCCAGGGAUCUUUGAUACGUCUCUCUCAGAGAAAGAACUCGUAAAGGAGAUGAGUAAAUGCAUAAACAUGACAGCUCCUGGACCUCACGCCAUCAUCCUGGUCAUCAAGCCUGGACCAUUCACAAAAGAAGAGAAGCUCUCUGUGGAGAAGAUCAGAGCCGUCUUUGGAGAAGCAGCAGAUAAACACACGAUCAUCCUCUUCACUCACGGUGAUAAACUCUCAGAAAGCAUCGAGAAGACACUGAAUGAAGCGCAAGAUGAUUUAAAACAUCUCAUACAAUUAUGUGGUGGACGGUAUCAUGUGUUCGACAACACAAAAGUUUGUGAUCGCAAACAGGUUUUGGAGUUCCUAGAGAAGGUUGAUAACAUGUUGCGCACGAAUGAGGAUAAAUAUUACACCAGUCCUAUGUUUCAGCAUGUGGAAGAAAUGCUGAAAGACAAAGAGGAAGAGCUCAGAAAAGAAUACAGUCAGAUGAUACAGCAACUAACGGCCACAUUUAAUGAAGAAAAGACCCAACUGGAGGAGACCAUUAAACACCUGAAAGAAUCUGGACAGGAAAAAGACCAGAAAAUAAAAGAGUUGGAGGAGCAACUGAAAAAGAAAGACACACAUUUUAAGGAGUUUUUGCGUUUUUAUAAGCAGAAAUGCAGAGCUGCGAGACAGGAGGUGGAGGAGACACAAGUGAAAGAAAACAUCCCCGAGAUCAGAAUACAACUCCAAAAGCUUCGUGUCUGAGAUAUUAAUGAGAGUUCACUGACUGCCAGUAAUCUUCAUUCUUUUUCUCUCUUGUAUAAAGUCAUAUGAAUGAUUUUUGCUAUACAGUUUAGUAUACCGAUUUUCAUUACAGUUUUUCUGAAUUGCUAAAACACAUUUCUUGAAACCAUCAAUCAAAACCUUAAACACAAAUCCAAACCUUCAAACUAAAUUCACAGAACCCCUGACUUAAAAUCUCAAAAUCAAACAAAACGUUCAAAUCAUAUACACAUUAGUCAAUAAUAUACACACUACAGAUCAUUCAUUAAACACUACAACAGAAAAUAUAGAACACAGUGUCCAGUGCAUGUAGUUACAAAAAACUGUUCAUUGUAAAUAGUAAAUAUUUUGCAAUACUGUAAAAAAACAAACAAACAAACAA